AUGUAUGCAGGCUUACAUUAUGAGUACUUGGCGCAAAAAUUAUGUCAGCUGGCAAAAGAGAAACAAAUUCUGACGGAAGAAAAUGUUAAACUACGGUCUCAUUUUGAAUCAGCUGAAAAAACAUAUAAGGAGUUAUCCUCAGAGCUGGCAAAAACUCGUCAAAAACUAAACAAUCUUUCAGAUGGAGCUGAUAUAAAUCUCAAGCUGUUAAAAUGUUUAGAGGAUGAAAAAACAUCCAAAAGUGAUUUGCAAUUGUUACUAGAAGAAGAGAAAAGUCGCAACGUCCAGUUAAAAGCCCAGUUAGCUAUGGCUAAAGAAGAGGUCACCAAGCUAGUUUCCGAGGCUCUGAAAUAUCUCGAACCUCAAAUAUCUUCAUCAUCAAAAGAAUCUGAAGAUAUUUCAGAAAUAAUAGAAAAUCGACUAGCAAGAUUUCGACACACUAUUGGGAACACAUCAGCGAAUGUGAAGAACGUGCGGCCGUCACUUUGCUGGCAUGCGGUUAGAAACCUUAUGAACAACAUUACACGUUUACUUCUUAUUACCUCCAUGAAUGAUCUCACAAUUAAAUUUUUUAUCUUUUUAUGCUCGAUCGUUUUAUUUUGUUUCACUAUUCUACGCUUGACUGUAGACGAAUCGAAUUUAUGUUGUGAUGGUCCAGUGCAAAAAGGUUCAGUUCUGGAUUUUUAUUUGUACCUCAAAUAUUUAUUACGAAAAGCAAGUAAAAAUUCUCUGUUCCCUGGAAAAUUGUUUUCAAAACUUAGUCAUCCUUUUGGUGUACCUGCUACUUAA